AUGGGCGUAGAUAAGAAAUUAGACUACGUUGACGCGCCACAAAGUUAUGAAGCAGAUUCUGAAACCUUCGCAAGACACAAUAUUCUCUGCGAGAAGAAAGGACUCUGGACUCUGCCAGCUGAUUAUCCACAGACAAUUCUUGAGUGCUUCCAGCGAGGAAGAGAGACCGCCAAUUACACGACCCGUACUUAUGGCGAGUUCGCUGCAACAUCUCAAUACCUGGCGAAUUCACUGAAAAAGCACGGACUUAUCAGUGGAGAAAGCAAAAUUGCGAUCUACUCGUCGAAUUGCUACGAAUACGACGCAGUAAUCAUUGGAGGAUACUAUCAAAAUAUAUGCAAUGUUUCGCUUUACGAUACUUUUGGUGAACAAGCAGUCAAAUACAUUCUCGAGCACAUUGAAGCUCCAAUCUGCUUCGUUCAAAAUCAAAAGAAACUUGACCUCAUUCUCAAAAUCAAGCCUGCUCAUCUUCAAACAAUCGUUGUGUUUCGAAAAUUCAAGAAGGUCAAGUCCUCCAAUUAUAAAAUCAUAAGUUUCGACGAUUUUAUUGCAAUCGGAAAAGACAGCUCGUUUGAUAAUGUUCCGCCGACUUCUUCAGACAUUGCUACGAUCAAUUACACAUCCGACACGACUGGCGAUCCGAAAGGCGUCGUCUUGACUCACAAGAACAUCUGCACCGUCUGCUGUGGCAUUACAAUCUUCUCGGUUAAAGAGCCUUGGAAAACAAGCGACGUCUGGUUCAGCUAUUUGCCGAUGGCUAAUAUUUUUUAA